CCCCUCUAGCGGACUCCUAUGAAUUUAAUAGGUGUCCCUCUUGCCGUCCUCCUCCUCCUCUGCCUCCUGAUACGGAGCCUACCAUACGGGACGUAGUAGUCUGGGUAAAGGACUUUGUGGAGUCCUCAAUGAACACCCUAAGGGAUUCCGUGUCAUCCAGAAGACCCAGUGUCCGAUCUCCUCUGAGACCCACUCCUAUGCAGGAGGAAGUCUACCAUACCGUGGACGAAGUCCAUUCCUCUGAGUCUAGCGGGGAGGAAGAAGAGGCUGGAAGAGCUCCUGCGACUGUCAAGGCCUACGCCAGGGUAAAGCGCAUUUUUCUUCUAUGGUGUGCAUCUCAUCAAGUACCAUCUCAGGAUCCUCCAGUAUCAGCUAUUCUUCAGUUCAUGCAGGAUGGACUAGAUAAGGGCCUCAGCCCUUCUACACUCAAGGUACAGAUCUCUGCUCUGUCAGCCGCCUUUGGCAGAUCUUUACAUCAAGACCCUCUGAUUAAGAGGUUCCUUAAAGGAGCCGUACGUCUUAAGCCUAGCAUUUCAAGACCUAUACCGCAGUGGGAUCUCUCAGUGGUGCUUAAAGGGUUGAGUGGUCCUCCCUUUGAACCCUUGGAAGAAGUGGACUUUAAGUUUUUAUCCUGGAAGGUAACCUUUUUGUUGGCCGUAACUUCGGCCAAACGCAUUUCAGAGCUUCAGGCUUUUUCGGCAUAUGAGCCAUACACUUUAUUUUUACCGGACAGAGUCCUUUUACGUUUUUUACCCACCUUUUUGCCUAAGGUGCCCUCUGUGCACAACAUUAAUCAAGUUGUGUCUUUGCCUGUGUUAUGUUCCUCUUCUUCCUCUGCAGAAGAAACUUCCCUCCAUACUCUGGAUGUGGCCAGAUGUUUGAGAAUCUACAUUGAGAGAUCCCGGGAGUUCAGAAGGUCAGAGAAUCUUCUUAUCCUGUUCUUUGGCAGGAAUAAAGGGAAGAAGGCCUCUAAGCCUACUCUAAGUAGAUGGAUCAGAGAGGCCAUCAGAGAAUCUUUCGCUUCCCAGAAUAGACCUCCUCCUGCCUUUGUCACUGCUCACUCCACCCGAGCAGUCUCUACUAGUUGGGCCGAAAGGUCUCUUAUUCCUCUGGAACAGAUCUGUUCCGCGGCCUCCUGGAGCUCACAUUCUACCUUUGUGAGCCAUUAUAGACUCAACCUCAGGGGAUCAGAAGACACUGCCUUUGGGCGGUCUGUUUUGAAUUCCAUUCAGCAUUGAAGUCCCUACCCUUUAGGCUAACUUCUUGCUAAGUCCCCACAUGUGCUGCUGGUUAGGACGUAAGGGAAGCGUUAAUUUCUUAACGUUAAUUUGUUUUCCCUUAGUCCUAACAGCAGCACACAAAUAUCCCUCCCUUUGUUU